AUGGGAAAAAGCAUCAUCUCUGACUACGCCAAUGGCUACAAUUACUUCUGUGCCAUAUUUGUGGGAAUUGGCUCCCUUCUAUGGGGCUAUGAUUCAGGAAUCUUUGGCACGGCUCAAGCACAGGAGUACUUUGAGACCUUCUUUCACCCUUCAGCUGCUCUGCUUGGUGCCAUCAUCUCUACAUACACAGCUGGCGGAGCCAUAGGUUGUCUGCUUUCAUGGCCAAUUGGCAAUUGGACUGGCCGGAAAGGCACACUGCAAAUUGGUGCCAUUGUGGCGAUUAUUGGAUGCUCGCUCCAGACGGGCGCUCAGGAGGUCGGCAUGCUCAUCGCCGGACGUCUGAUUGCCGGUCUCGCCAUCGGGAUCGUUUGCUUCGCCAUCCCACAAUAUCAAUCGGAGCUUGCGCCACCAGAGCAUCGAGGAAGUAUUGUUGGCUUGCAUGCGCAGUUCAUCGGGACUGGCUAUGCGGUAUCGAACUGGAUAGGUUUCGCAGUCUAUUACGCCGAGGGCGAGUUCACGUAUCGUUUCCCAGUCGGCCUUCAAGUCCUAUGGGCAGUCGUACUCCUGGGUGGAACGUUCUUCCUUCCCGAGUCGCCGCGAUAUUUGCUCCAAAAGGGUUGCCACGAGGAAGCUUUCACAGUACUCAAGAAAAUGCGCCGACCCGGCAACGAGGAAAUGGUCAAGAGGGAGUUCGUCCAGAUGCGCGAGCAAAUUACCAUCCUAUCGCAGGCGCCUCUUAUUGGGGAGUGGGAUCCAGAUUGGCCAGCAAAUCUGCGUAUCUCGGCGAUCAACUACUACGAAACCAUCAUGUACAAGUCGCUCGGGAUCCAAGGCGCGACGGUGCUGGCGUUGGCUGGUGUAUGGGGCAUCAUCGGCCCUCUGUCGAACUUGUUCUGCCUCGCAUUCAUCAUCGAUCGCGUAAAGCGCAGGACAAUGCUCAUAUGGGGCUCGGUGGGCUUGGCCGUGGACAUUGCGAUCGUGAUGGCUUUCGUGGCAGUGUUUGGUGGCGGGCCUAACAAGAUCGGAAACGCGUUCGGGAUCUUCUUCCUCCUUCUGUUCGGCAUCAUAUUCUCCAUCAGCUGGAAUUCUGGAGCACCGGUAUACUGCACUGAGAUUUUCCCGACCCAGAUCCGGACAGCAGGAGGUGCAGUCUCGACUUUCUGGUCCUUCAUCAUCCAGAUCAUCCUCGCUCAGGCUUCACCUACUGGACUCGCCAACGUCGGAUGGAGAUAUUACAUAUUUUUCAUUGUCAUGAACGUGGUGACGGCCAUUGCAGUGUGGUUCUGGGUGCCGGAGACGUCCGGAAAGAGUCUGGAGGAAAUCAAUGAGCUCUUCGGCGACACCCUGAUGACGGAUCAUUUGAACGCUGCGCAGACGCAAGAGAAAGGACAGGAAGCGGAGGUUCGAGUGGAGAUGGUCAAUAAGAGCUGA